AGCUGUUGUCGACCGGUCUUGCUCAUCGCAUCAAGGUCAGCUCGAGUAUUAUGGUAGAGAGGUUCCCCGUGUCGGAAGAAGCCAUAUUUCGCACCGACCCCAGGCCCGUGUGGACCGCGGUCUGGCAGGAGUCCCUGGCUGUCUCCAUAGCUUCGCUUCUGCCUUCGUUCCGCAAAAAUUCCUAACAAACGUCUUACCAGGCGGGCAUUCGUGACAGCCCACCUCAGCGUAAACUUCUUAGCAUUCCGUCGACUCGUUUUGCCGGUCGACCAGGAGUAGCUGGCGCUUUAGCCACUAUGACCGCAAAUAGCCAACAGCUACAGCUUGGCUUGGCCGCCAAGCUGACUUGUGCUGGUUCGGCUGCCUGCAUAGCAGACGCCAUCACCUUUCCUCUAGAUGUCGCCAAGGUUCGGCUGCAGAUCCAGGGCGAGGGCUCGACUGGAUACAGCAGGUCGAGCCUCAAGUACCGUGGUGUCCUUGGCACCGUGGCGACCAUUGCUCGUCAAGAAGGACCCGCCCGACUGUACGGAGGCAUCGGCCCUGGCCUCCAGAGGCAGUUCUGCUUUGCCACUGUGCGCAUAGGUUUCUACGACAGCGUCAAAGAAUCCUACAGCAUGGCCAUUCUCGGCCACAACCAGGGCGGCAACUCUGCCUCCGUGCUGGGCAUCCGCAUCCUGGCAGCGGUCACCACGGGCGCGAUGGCCGUCGCCACGGCCCAGCCCACCGACGUGGUCAAGGUGCGCAUGCAAGCACAGUCCGGCACUGCUCCCCGCCGGUACCGGAACUCGUUCCAGGCGUACCGCACCAUCGGCCGAGAAGAGGGAGUUCGAGGACUCUACAAGGGCAUGCUGCCCAACAUCGCUCGCAACAGCAUCGUCAAUGCUGCCGAACUCGUGUGCUACGACAGCGUCAAGGAGGCCAUCUUGUCUCGGGGCCUGCUGGGGGACAACAUCGCGUGUCACUUCGUGGCCGCCUUCGGAGCGGGCUUCUGCGCCACUGUGGUCGCUUCGCCCGUGGACGUGGUCAAGACGCGCUACAUGAACGCCGGCGCUGGUCUCUACUCGGGUGCCAUGGAGUGUGCGGUGCGCAUGUUCCACGAGGGCGGUCUCCUGGCCUUCUACAAAGGGUUCACACCUUCCUUCGUUCGUCUAGGUUCCUGGAACAUCUGCAUGUUCAUCACGUACGAACAGCUGAAGCGACUGUUCCACUAUAUGAAUAGUGGUGAGACCUCGUCCAACUGCCUCAUCGUGGGCCAGGACAAGAUCCAUCUGUCUCGAUACUCUGUGCUCGCCGAGCCCAGUGCAGCCAUUAUCCUUUAACUCUGUACAUAUAUACACCACAUACAUUUCUCAUCUCACCCAUCAUGGAUGGACUAAAUACAAGAUAUACCCAAUAUAGGCUAGUAAACAUUCGCACCUAAGUACCUUGCACUCGUGACAUUCGGUACACGUAUCGCAGUGGUCGUGCGUCAGUCAAAGUUAUUGCUAUGUACGAAAUUGUCGCUAAAUGAACAGCCUUUGACUAGGUCUACUUGGUAAACAUGACAGGAAAGGAUUCUAGCCGAAAGUAAUGAUUUAACACAAGGAAGAAGACCCACCUCACUCGAAGUCAGUUCUUUGAACUCGACAGAUUUGCAGCAAUGUCUGGUACCGCACAAGGCAGAAAGUCCCUGCAUUUGGGCGUCGCAUUAACCCAGUGGUACCCUAAUCUAAGUACAUGCUCAGAGAGAAUCAUCCAUCAUCGUCACGGUUUUCUUUUCUGAAGGAGGAAGUACAAGAACACUAGCCUGUGUUAUACCAGAAUGGAGACAAGGCAAGCAGGCUGUAUUGAACAAAGGCCUCAUCAUCAUUACAUUGACUUGCUUGAAGACAUUUAUCUGUCAAGCACAAACUGAAACCUAGAAGGCAACAUUACAGCUUUCGUGUCAUUGCGGCUCAUACUACACCUUGAGCGCAUUUUAACAAAAAAAAGUUUCUUCUGCUAUUAACCUUGCGCAAGGAUCACGGGGAGCAUUAUUGUCCUUAAUAUCAUUCUGCCGUCAAUAUUAGCGACGACGCAGUUAUAGCCUCAUCGUACCCGCAUCGUCGUGUUGAUCGGAAACAAGUUCAGGGUGGCAGUUGUGCUCCGGACAUGCCCUUCCUCGUUUCUUGCGGUAACUUCCAUCUCGAUAUGUCGUCGCCUAAUGUGAUGCCCUCAACGCUAGAACUUAUCUGACGCAUUGUUUCCGGGCGUGACGAUGGUUGUAAUAAAAAUAUGUAUAUUUUUUUUAUCU